GCAACAACAGCAACAACAACAACAACAUGAGCAGCUGCAGCAACAACAGCAGCAGAAACAUCAACAACAACAACAACAGCAACCACCUCUUUCGAUAACAACGCAUGUGCAACACCCACCCGUGCAAGCAUCGGAGCCGCGACACAAAGUGCUCCUCCGAUUCAUGCUCUACCGCGUGCGGAAGCAGCCGAUCUCGAUGCUGCUGAAGAGCAUCCCCCCCGAGUACAAGACGAUGGGCUGCGUCCUGGAGGCGUUCAUGGCCACGGUGAUGGGCAGCGUCCCCGUGCCCGUCCGGGAGGCCCUCCUCCUCGCCCUGUCGUACCUCAUCGUGGAGAGGCACGCGGUGCUGCAGGAGGACUACGCGAAGCUGCGAGUGAGGUUCCCGCCGAUUCUUGCCUUCAGCGCGCUCCAGUUGGCGGCGCUGCUGUUCAACCGGUUGGUGCUGGAGAAGACGGGGGAGGAGGGGAACCGGUUCCUCGUAGAGACGCGGAGCAAGGCGUACAUGCGGGCGCUCUUCGCCAUCGACUCCGUGGAGAAGUUCAACAUGUCACCGCCGCUCCUCCUCGACGAGGAGCUCAGCCGCUUCAUGAAAUGGUUCCAAAUAUUUUCGAGGCCGGGCUCGCACGAUGCGACUCCACAGCCCGCCACGCUUCAAGGACUGCAUCCCGCCAUGCUUCAAGGACCGCACCCCGCCACACUUCAAGGACUGCAUCCUGCCACGCCUCAAGGACUCCAGCCCGUCAUACCCUCCCUCCCCUCGCCUCAACAGGCGACCCAGCCUCGACUGGCGUAUCCUCUGCCGGGUGGACAGGCGACGAUGCCCGGACAGGCACUGAUGCCCGGACAGGCGCCGAUGCCUGGACAGGCACCGAUGCCCGGACGGCCGUGGAACGUCGGGGCAGUGCCGGUGAUCAAGCGGGUGGAGGUUCCGAACAUUCUCAAGCGAGGCCCGGCGCCGUCGCUGCCUCCGAACAAGCGGUUCAGACUCUCAGACGGGGCGGCGCCCUUCCCAGGUCAGAUGACGUCACCGCUGGGAGGUCACGUGGUCGCGGUGGACGGGGGUCACGUGACCGGCGCGGCUGCGGGGAACGUGCGGGUCUUGACUUCGUCGCAGGUGAAUUCUCACGUCUCGGGUGCGUCGAGCGUGAGUUUCACGGUGGUGACUCCGUCUGUUCCACCUGCGUGUGUCCCACCUGUGUCCGUUCCACCUGCGUCUGUUCUAUCUGUGUCUGUCCAACCUGCGAACUUUCCUGCUCCUUCCGAAGAAGUUCUGUGUCUUUCUGAAAGUCCAGCAGCGGCUUCGACGUCGUCGACGUCGAAUGAGCCGACGACCAGUCAGCAGGGAGCGGUCGGGCCGACUGCGUCCGUGGAAAACGGACUCGGGGGGAGCCCAGAAGACGACGAGCUGGAAGACUUGGACUUCCCGACGACGUGCAACUUCUGCGGGAAGGCAGCCGACGAGCUGUGCGCCAACUGCAAGGCCGUCGCGUAUUGCAAUAAAGUUUGCCAGGUGAGGUCCUUCGUCAUCGGUGAACGACUGGGAAAGGCGGCACAAGAACGAAUGCGGCCAGUCGUGAGCCCCGGGGAGGGGAGGGGGGUCCGCGAAGGCAUUAAAAGCAUUUUUCUUCUGUUUGUUUUUGUUUGUUUGUACUUGUUGACCCUUGCCGAAAUUGACUAUACGGCGAGCUGCAUAGCCGAGCUGAAUAUCCGAAUCGGAAAGGAAUUGACAAUUGGGAGCGAGGAAUGGCUGCUUCAUGCCCCUCCUCACGUCAAAGGCCUCAAUCUGCCUUCAUGCCCUCUCCUCAUGUCAGAAGAUCUCAAUCUGGCUUUAUGGCCUCUCCUCAUGUCAGAAGAUCGCAAUCUGGCGUCAUGGCCUCUCCUCAUGUCAGAAGAUCUCAAUACUGAUAUAUUCCUGACUGUUGACUAA